UGGAACGUCAGUGGGGAUGAGCAUUCACUCACCAACAGCCACAUGCUGUCAGUAUUCGCUCGGCGUUAAGCCAGAAGAAUCAGACCUGGAGAAAAGCGUCGUGCAUAUAACAACCCAGGGAUAAGACCAGUAUAUACUGAGACGCCUUGACAAAAAACCUUGUUAACCAUGAUGAGAAUUACGUCUUGUUAAUAUUACACGUAUGCAUUUAAGCCAUUUUAAAACAGCGAAAGAUAAAUGAAGACGGGGCUACCUGUGUUAACCAGAGCUGCCUGUGGCUGUGGACCGGUUCUGCUUUAAUAGCGCAACUGACAACUCGCUGAGGGGGGCGCGGCCUUCCAGUCACUCAGCGUUAUACACCGAACCAGUGAGCAACAAGAGAACACCGCCGGGAUACCGGGACAUCUACAGCCGAGAGACGUAUACCCUAAAGACUAUGAGCUCAUUUGUGUGAGAGGAUUUACCUUGUUUUAUUAUUUUACCUUUUGUGUUGACACCAGAAGUUAGGAUGACGGGUACAUUACGUUUGUUAAUAUGGUCAGUGCUGUUAGGCUUGGCCUAUGGCCAGUGUUUCGGACCCGGGGACAUUGCCGCCAGUGUGAUUGUCCCACUGGUUUUGGCAGCUGUUAUUGUGGCUGCUGUUUUCAUAGCUUUGUGGAAAGCGCGGAUGAUCGUAUUUUGUCCUGGGAGGAAGAUUAUUAAGUCUCCAGAAGGGAAUGGAGCAACGGGUAAUCGAGUAUCCAACCAUGGGGAGGCCUACAGUAACCCUGGAUUUAUGGAUGACCAGAUUUCAGCUGACGUGGCCAUGGAAGAAGGUCAUGGUGGCAUUGGAGAAGGUCUGGACAAUGGGAAAACUCCUAAAGAUAAGAAAGUUCAGUCCCCAAAGAAAGGUGGACAAAAAGGAUCCCCUGUAUCACAGCAGACGUCGGCUUCAUCCAAGUCAAAGUUGGGAUUUGAUUUACCAGGCAAAAACUUGAACCGAAUGGUUUCCACUACGUCUUUAGAUGACACAUUCCUCAACACAAAGCCGGAAGUGGUGAGUGUUUGUCUACAAAGUCAGGAUUUCAUUGGUCUAGGCUUCAAUAUCCAGGGCAGCAUCCGUGAUGGGAUCCGCGUCAGCCAGGUUCAUAACCGAGGGCCCGCUAUAGAGUCUGGAAAAAUCCAUGCAGGUGAUCGCAUACAAAGUGUGACAAUAUCCUUUGAGUCGAUGGUGUAUGAAGAUGCUCUGACCAUCCUCAGCUACGCAUCUCCUUAUCCAGUGAAGGUUACACUGCAAAAGAAUGGCCGCAUGGUGCCCGACAGGCGCAGUGCCAAUGACCUUGACACUCAGCUCAAUCACCCAAUCUACCGCAGCCAGUCACUGGACACUUUGAACACAGUUGGAAAAGAUUCAGCAUUCAAAAAGAAGAGAAACUUCAGUGAAAUGAAGCCCGAUUCUUAUAGAAAUGGCCAUUCUAAGAUUCACAGUGUACAGCUCUCAUCCUGCAAGGAAGGGCAGCCAAAGCAAAAGUGGGAAGACAUCAACUUACCUGUUUUUCAAGAUGGAAAAUACUCCGAAGAAGCUGAUAAACUGUUCUCUGAUGCAGACAAGUUGUUUAACGAAGCUAAGCGGAAUGCAGAGAAAAGGGAUGAUGUGAACAUUAAGGUGAAAACUGAGAAUGUCGAGGUUUCUCCAGCUGAGGUGAGCUUGAAUGCCAAUACUGAUAAAACUGACAGUUCUUUCUUUGACGUGACAGCAGGCAGUUUGUCCACACUGAAUGAUUCCAGUCUGCCUUCAGAUACAUUAGAUGACAUUACUGUAUCCCUUAACAACACACCUGUCAAGGAUGUCAGUCAGAGCAUUAACAAUGGCAAAAGUGAAACAGCACAGGCAGCAUUGGACUUCGAUGCCAUGUUUAGUAGAAUAGAGAGUACAGAAAAGCCUCCGGCGUAUAGCACAUUGCAGGACAAAAUUGACGAGACUUUGAACACUGAAGAUCCCUCUAGACAAAAUAAUUCCAAGGAUGGAAGGACUGUUAAUUUGUUUGAUGUACAAUUGGAGAUGGAUGCGGCUGAGACCAGAGUUGCCAAUGUGUCUGAUGAUAUUGUGGAUGCUAAACAGUCCCUAGCGACAGAGGCAGAAGUAAGUCUGGGGUCUCUUCAGCAGAAUCGGUUAGAGGUGGAGGAAGGCAUUGUGCCCAUAGUGCAGAGCUCCAGGUUGAACGCCGCUCUGGACUUUGACAAACGUAGCAGUGUUGAGGAGGAAGACAUUGUGCCUCAGAAUCACAAGAAAGCCUUUGAUAUUGACACUCAGAUCGAGUUUGAGGACGUGGAGAUUGAUGUAAACAACGACAAUGAGGUCAGAGAUCUUACUGAAAUAACAAAAAUGUUAAGUGAGGACAUGUUGCGGGACAGUUCCUCUGUGGAAGCGUCCAUGAGUGGAAAUAUUCCCUCGGACACGGAAGCUGUGGUGGAGGAGAAUCUAGAGGCUGUGAGUGUGAGGCGAGACAGUAGCACUGAUAAGAUUUAUGGCGCCAGCCUGCGUGACUCGCGUUCACUCUUCGAGAACGAACCCACCGUGGUGUCAGAGGUGGUGACACAGGAGUUUGCUGCGCCAAAGUUCUCCGUGAUGUCCCCAGGAAAGGUAACAUCCAGCAGCGGCGACGAGGACAGCUCGGCAGAGGAGGGCGAGUACAAAAUCGAGUCCACGGUGAGUGAUGAGAACAUUGAGGUGAGUCAUGAUUUGAGUGCUGAGGAUUUGAACUCUUUCAAAGCGCAAAUGAUGGCUGACAGAGACAGGGCGUAUCGUGUUGAGGCGUCCAGUGGGGACGUGGUCCAGGAGUUAUGGAGAGCCAACACGGAAGAGGACACCACAGAUUUGUCUACCCGUCCAAUGACAAGGGCCAUGUCCUACGAUGUUGCCAUGGGAGGACACGAAAAAACUGUCCAAAGAGAGGACAGGCCAGGCUCGUUUAAGUCAGAAAAGAAAGGUCAUUCUGACUCAGGUUUCUUGGACUGGUCUGGUAAGCGACUUGUGCGGUCUGGGUCGUUCAGUGAAAUCCCCAGUGUUGAUGGUAAAGACGGGGAGAAUCGCAAUUGGACAUUUAACAACAACAUCGAUGACGAGUCUGUGAAACACGAGCUGAAAAAAUACAAAAACUACGAGGACUUGAGGGAUUCUGAUUCAGAAUCUGAAGAGCAGUCGUCAGGCUUGAUCAGAACUAAAAUAUAUCCCGGGUUUGAGAAUUUAAAAAAUUUGUCAGAUAAUAAUUCUGGUGCAUCGAGUCACUCUUCCUCACCUGUGACUGCUAACGGGGGUGACAGCAACACCCAUACCUCACGUUUUGUCACGAAAUCAUACCACAUCUCCACCGUGGAGACUUCCAAGUCAGAGGGAGACGGAAACCUUUCCCAUGGUAAAUAUUCCUUCAUGGUGAGAUCAGGAAGUGAUGGUGAGGAGAGUGAUUCCAUGGCAUAAUAAUGGCAACUUGGAGCUUUGUGGUCUGAAGUGCGUUUGUGUGUGUGAGUGCUGGCCCCUGACGUAAGGGGAAGUAACUCAGAAAGGAUGGUCUGUUACUGGUCCCUCAUAACCCAUUAAUGUCAUUUUUUAAGGUGAUCUUCAAAGGCAGAAAUUUUCUGUAAUAUGCAUAAUUUGGAUAAGCCAUUAACAUAAGAUUCAGGGAUCUUCCAAAUAGUGCCUGGCCAAAUGAUUUCACAUGUUCAAGCAGUCAUGAGGAAACUUGAAUGUGAAGGUUAUGAAGUGUGUGAUGAGGUUAUCAGCCGCAGUGUUGAGAUAUGAGACUUCAUUGUCCUCCUGGAUUGUUUUGUAAACUGUCACAGUGUUUUUGUGGGAGAGCGAUGGCAAAGAGAAUGAUAGAUCUGUUUCACUGUGCAUACAUGGAAGAGGAACAGAUACGUCAGAAUUUCAGAAAGUAACAAAGUCUGAGAUCAUUAGAUGUAUGUACAGGGAUGAGAAAUUGUAUUACAUAAAUAAAAGAAAGAAAAUACCUGAUGAAAAAUAAGUGAUAUAUCAUGAAAAGACACACACAUUAAUAAUUAAUUGCAAUAAUACCUGUAAAACGCAAUGUAUAAUAAAUCUAGGAUUUAAAUUUUUUUUUAAAUAUCUUUGAAAAAUGAAAAAUUUAGUCGCUUUUGAAUGUCACUGACACACUAUGGUGACUUGUAUAUUAGGUCACACAUGUUUUGGAUGGUUUUAGUCAAACUUCUUGACACAGAGUUCCCAUUUUGGGAUAUUUUAAAUCAUCUGUAUAUACAUGUACAUAAACAUUUAGUGCUUCAGCAGUACUUUAACUUCUUUGUAGUUACAGUACUGCUGAGGCGUUAUCCAGUUCAUAUUCAGGUGUGUGAACCCUCCUGGCACUCUGCAUAUUUCCUUCACCCAUUAACAUGACUGCCAUCAGGGCCAAGUACAAAGCCAUUCUGAUAGCCUUUACAGGUGCCCCAGAUUACAGUAUAUCCUACAAAAACCAAAAUUAUAGGGAACAUUGUAUGAUAAAUUUAACUUAAAUGUGUAAAAAAAAAAAAAAAAAAUUCGUAUAGUCAUGUGUAGUGAUUAUACAAUACUUUUCUUAGUGACUUUGAAACUAUAAUUUGGAUAUUUCAGGUAUUAAUUACACAUUGAACAUUUUCAGUGUACUUACCCACAUCAUUCUGUGGGUCCUGUUUAGGCCUGCUUUGUACUAGGCCAUUCCAGUAAUAUUAUAACAUGUAUAUGCAUAACUGGCAGGACUUAGGCUAAGGGGAAAACCCAUUUUGGUCUCUUAUAGUGUAACAUAUCAUGCAGUCGUACAUGAUCGUGUUGUUGUUAGCAUUAAUAGUUCUGGUAUUUGUAAAUACUUUUUCUUAAAAAUGGGGACACCUGAUAAAAAUUAAAAUUACCAUCAAGAAGAACAGUGCAAUUGCACUAUAAUUAUCUCUGAUCAUUGGUGUAGAGAAUACUUUUGUACAUUUUUUGUUUUAUGUGUUUAGAACAGAUACACAUGAGCUUUCUUCUAAAGCUGAUACCUGAUAAUUGUGUGUACAUGAAAAUGCCUAUUUUAUGUGGCUAAUCAGUUACAUAUUUUGUACAGCAUUGUUAAGAUAUGGCCGAGUACAUGUGCCUGUGGCUACUUUACAGGAUAUUGAUCACAUAUUGAAAAGUAAUGAUAGGCCACAUGUACAUUAAUGUCUAUUUUAUGGCCAAGAAACUUUGAUUCAUUUUACAAUGAGUUAGCUAUACACAUAUACAUUGUUAUACUGUCUUAGUUGUUAAUUGUAAAUUGUUGAAUUUGCCACACUGUUGUUGUUUUUUGUACAUUCUUUUUUGUUUAUCGCAUAAACAAAAUUAACAUUUAUAACCUGUUGCCAAUAAAUCACAUUUGGUUGGGGAAUGAUAAUUAUAGUCAUAGACAUGUACUCCAUCAUAUUAGAUGUGGUAAUCAUUGCAUGUGCCUGUACACUAUAAUACUGUAUUUAUAUACUGUUUAUGUUUCGGUGAUAUUUUAUGCUUAUUUCCAUGUGAUAUCCUGAAUUAUUCCCUGUAUAUGAAUAUUUCCAUGCCUUGCGUACCAUUAUUUAUCCAUGGUCACUACAAACAAACAUGCUGUCAAUCAGAUUGGGAUGGCAAUAAUAAUAGUUAGAAUAUGUAUAAGAUUUGUUUGGGGAAAAUACAUUUUUCAGAUACUGCGGCAAAGCUGUUGUGGUGACUGAAAUAUUAAAUUCUCAGAAUUGCAUAAUAAUGAUUUGUUUUUCACAAUUAUAACACACAAAAAAGCAUUACUUGUUCAGCAAAACUGUCACCUGUAUUUGGAGAUUUGGGGAAGUUAUUGCAGCAAAAAACUUUUUCUCAACAACAACAACUUUUCUAAAAUGUAAUGCAGCAGUCUACUGUUGUGUUCAGGAGGAAAAAUCAGCUGGGUGCUGUAUAAGCCUGACCAGACUUUAUUUGUCAGCUUUCAGAAUGAACAAAAUGAACCAUGAUAAACAGCUAGGCUGUACUUCCAUGGAUUAACAUUAUAAUACAAAUCUAUCCAAUUUCCACCCCAAAGAAGCUCGAUUCAUUGGAGGUGACUUUUAAGCCUUUGCUAUACUUUUAAAUUGUACCUAUAGGGAAUAUGUCUACCUCGAAGCAAACCUCUCACUCAGCACUUGAAACAUCCAUAUCCCAAGUUCAUACAGAAACGAUACUGUUUGAAUAAGUUGUCUUGUGCUAACAGCAACCCUGUAACGUGAAUAUCUAUAUGGAAAACAAGCCACUGUGACCUUGUUCUUUAUAGUUAUAUUAAUGACUGUGGCCAUUUUAGUGACAGAGAAUGGUUGUGUGUACGUGUACAUUUAUAAACACAAUGGCUGACAACGAAAUAACAUCGUACAAAUUUGAAGACAUAUGCAUUCUGAAUCCUUCUUAAAAUAUAUUUUCUCUGAACAAAGGUUGGUUUCAGGAACCCUCUCCAGUCGAAUAGCUGUUCAUAACUUAGCAAUUUUGUUUAGUUUUUGGGGCAUUGGCUAUAAGGGCAUGAGUAAUAAGUAAUAAUUGUGUUGAAACAGUUAACUUUGGUGUUACAAUAGACUAGGAAAUACACUUGAUGUAAAUUGAAAAUUUAAGAAAUUGAGCAUGGAUAGAUUGCCUUUUUCACACUGUACAUCAUGAAAUGACUCUGUAGCUUGUAUCCAAGGUCAAUGAAGAUUAAAAUUAUCAUAUAGAAAAACAAUUUCUAGGGCAGAUAAUACAAAAUGGAAAAUUCAUUACAGUACAUGUCUUUCUAUUUAGUUUCGGUGACGUUUGCAGGUGUGUAUAGAAAGUUGUAUCCAUAUUGGUGAAUCAUACAUAGUGUGCAGUCUAUCAGCUUGAGCCAUGGUCUAAUUAUAUUAUACAAGGGUCAUAAAUACAUACAUAUCCUUCCAUUUUUAUACGAAAAAAUUAUUUUACCAAAAUAUUGUAAUUUUAUACCAUAUAGAUGGUGGCGCAAAUAAAGAAU